CAAGCCGCGGCAGUCCCGCCGGGCCCCCGCCCUGCUCCCGGUUCCCGAGCCGGGCUCCGGCGGCCUUUAAAUGCCGCCCAGGGCCAGCACGGCGCGGCCCUCGCCACCUUUUUCCCCGGGCUGCUGCAGCGGCACCCCGAGGAAGGAAGCAGCCUCCGCUCGGCAGCGCGGUCCGGGCCGCGGCGGCCACCUCCGACCUCGGGGCGCGCGCCGCCUCCCCCUCCCCCCUGCCCCGCCGGCCGGGUCGGCGCCGGGCUCCCGGGAGUGCGCGCGCGCGCGCCCGCGUGUGUGCGCGCGCCCGCACUAGCCUCGGACCCGCGCCCCCGCCCGGCGCAGGACCGCCCCGGGAUCCCCGCCCGCGCGCCGUGUCCCUCGUCCCCCGCCGCCCGACCGCCAGCCGCGCGCCCCACCGCGCCGCGCGAGAAGAUGGCGGGGUCGGUGGCCGACAGCGACGCAGCGGUGAAACUAGAUGAUGGGCAUUUAAACAACUCCUUGGGCUCUCCAGUUCAAGCCGACGUGUACUUCCCACGACUGAUCGUGCCAUUUUGUGGGCACAUUAAAGGUGGCAUGAGACCAGGCAAGAAGGUGUUAGUCAUGGGCAUCGUAGACCUCAACCCCGAGAGCUUUGCCAUCAGCUUGACCUGUGGUGAUUCGGAAGAUCCUCCUGCCGAUGUGGCAAUUGAACUCAAAGCUGUGUUCACAGAUCGGCAGCUACUCAGAAAUUCUUGUAUAUCUGGGGAAAGAGGUGAAGAACAGUCAGCGAUCCCUUACUUCCCAUUCAUCCCAGACCAGCCAUUCAGGGUGGAAAUCCUUUGUGAGCACCCACGUUUCAGAGUGUUUGUGGAUGGACACCAACUUUUUGAUUUUUAUCACCGCAUUCAAACGUUAUCUGCAAUCGACACCAUAAAGAUAAACGGGGACCUCCAGAUCACCAAGCUUGGCUGAUGUUGUUUAAACCACGUCUGUUUCACAUAGCAUCAGGUGCCACAACUAUCUGACUAUUGGUCUGGAAGAAGUGUCCUAGCAAGAUCUGAGACUUAAAAAGAAAACAAAAACGAAAAGGCAGACUUCACCGUAUCUUCCUUCUGUGCAGUUUAAAUCCAAAAUGUCUUCAACGGUGGUUUGCCCUUAGGAAGCUGUCGGAACAAAGACACCGAGCCAUUUUUCCCAGAACAAAGUAAUACACUUAGCUGGAUUUUAUUCAGACUAAACUGAAAUGGAUUUGUGAUUUGGUAGUAAGUUAUUCAUCUUUUCAAAGCAAAGUGAUGUUUAGAACAAAAGUGCUAAAGACUUAAAACAACAACAACAAAGACGGUACACAGAAAUCCACUCAUUUCUGCACUGAAGUGGAAUCGUGUAGCACAACCGACAUUUUAGUCAGGGUAUUUAACAUAGAAUGUAGGUUGUUCGAGGUUUUGUUUUUGUUUUUGUUUUUUUUUCUUUUUUGCACAGCAUAAUGUUAAUUCAGAUUUUUAAAGCUUUCUUGUAGUUAUUUAUUUCUACUCAGUGUAUGUGUUAGAGAAUGAUUAAUGUCUCAAGAACAGCAAGUUAUGAACUUUUGAAUGUAUAAUUAUCUUAAGUCUAAGGGGGGCAAUUACCUAUUACAAUCAUGAAGAAGGUGAAUUUGUACCUGAAAGAGUUGAGUCUUAUCCUCCAUACCCCUAAACGUAGGAUCUCGAUAUAAAUUGCUGUAAGUGCUUUUGGGAAAAUUUUGCAACAUUUCGAUAAGACUGCUUUUCAAGUUAUUGAUGGUGAUUUACAUUGCUUUUUCUUCUUACUGUGAAUUAGCACAGUAUUGGCUUCCUUAAGACUAAUUAACUAUUUUUCCCUAGAUCUACGUAAUAGCUCAUUUAGUUGUUAUUAAGCUACCUGAAAACACGUAAGAGGUGAUUGCAUAGACAAUU